AUGAAGGAUAACACUCGUAUUCUUAAUAAUGAAAGCGGCUAUGCCGCUAAUGUCUUUGCUGAAAAGGAGAGCCAAAUGCUCAAGGUUUGUGACAACUUGGAACAGCUCGGUUUCCUCCCCAAGGAAUUGGUGAAGAACGAGGUGCAAUGGUUCUAUAGCAACCUCAAUAUUGAUGACUACUACUUUGCUUUGGAGAGCGUGGAGACCAUCUCAAAUCACAUCAUGUCACUCUACGGCGCCAAGAUCUUGGCCUACACAAAGAAUGAAAACGUCUUGGACAUCAACUUGCAAAAGGAAACCGAAGACUCUGCUGUCUACAUUCAUUCUUCUGAACCUGGUGUCUCUCAAAUCUACGGUCCUCAGCAUGAAAGAGCCAUUGACGACAAGUUCUUGGAUAAGUCUACCCCCUCUGAGGCCUAUCGCGUUGAAUCCUAUCGUUCCAGCUCCAAUGGUGGUGGUUUGACCUCUCAACUUCGUAGUUACUUUGUUACCAAGUGUGAAUUUGAGAACGCUGCUCCCACUCCUGAACAAGAAACCGACAUCAAGCAAGUUGCUGAUAAGAGCUUCUUACGUAAGGCCACUGAGUUUACUUUGAACAUCUAUGAGGAUGUCAUGCAAAAUGUACUCCAACGUACCGGACCUGUCAUUGAAAUGUACGAGGUCAAGGGCUCUCGUGAGCGUCGUCUUAUCAUUGGUUACCGUCAAAGAAGCACCAAGGGCUUCUUCUCUGCUGUCAGUGAUUUGUACCAUUAUUACGACUUGUAUUCUACUCGUAAAUAUGUUGAGCAAUUCUCUAACGGUGUUACCAUUAUUGGUUUAUACUUGCACCCUGUUCCCCAAUCCAAGGCUGCUCCUAUCGAACAUUCCAUCUACCAAGUCAUGAAGGAAGCUUCUCUCUUGUACUGUCUCCCCAAGACUCCCUUGCAACAAUACUUCCAAACCAACAAGCUCUCUGUCCAAGAGAUGGUCUAUGGCUAUGUCGGCUGGAUCUUUGCUCAGCACUUUUUGAAUCGUUUGGGUAAGGAGUACUUGAGUUUGACAUCUAUCUUGGACCGUGCCAACCCUGUGCACGAAGAAGUUUUGAGCAAGUUGAAGAAGCGUCUUCGUCAAGAUACCUUUACUCGUGAAUACAUCCUCGAUAUCAUGAAGAGAUACCCCGAAUUGCUCAAGGUGCUGUACGCCAACUUUGCCACCACCCACUAUGUCAACCAACGUGAAGCUUCUUUGCAACCUACCAUCUCUUACCAACGUUUGACCAACAUGGAAGUCUUGUCUGUCGAUGAUAUUAGCAAGCGUAUUAAGGCUGUUACCACCAAUGCUCACGAGCAAUUGGUCUUUGAGUCCUUCUUGAGCUUCAACAAGCAUGUCCUCAAGACCAACUUUUAUCAAACCACUAAGGUGGCACUCUCUUUCCGUAUGGAUCCUAGCUUCUUGCCUGAAAUCGAAUACCCCACCACUCCUUACGGUUUGUUCUUGGUUGUUGGCUCUGAGUUCCGUGGUUUUCACAUUCGUUUCAGUGAUGUCGCCCGUGGUGGUAUCCGUAUGAUCCGUUCUCGCAACAGAGAAGCCUACUCUAUCAACUUGCGUACCUUGUUUGAUGAAAAUUACAACUUGGCCAACACUCAACACCGCAAGAACAAGGAUAUUCCUGAAGGUGGCUCUAAGGGUACUAUUCUCUUGGAUGUCGAUCAACAAGACAAGCCUCUGGUUGCCUUUGAAAAGUAUGUUGAUGCCAUGCUUGAUUUAUUGAUUGCUGGCGAAACCAUUGGUAUCAAGGACAAGUUGGUUGAUUUGACUGACAAGCCUGAAAUUCUCUUCUUUGGUCCUGAUGAGGGAACUGCUGAAUACAUGGAUUGGGCUUCUCAACAUGCUCGCAGAAGAGGCGCUAGCUUCUGGAAGGCCUUUACUACUGGUAAGAGUCAAUCUCUCGGUGGUAUUCCCCAUGAUUUAUACGGUAUGACUACUCGCUCUGUUCAUCAAUAUGCUUUGGGUAUCUAUCGCAAGCUUGGUUUGAAGGAAGAGGAAAUCACCAAGGUGCAAACUGGUGGCCCUGAUGGUGAUCUCGGUUCCAACGAAAUCAAGAUUUCCAAGGAUAAGACUAUUGCCAUUGUUGAUGGUUCUGGUGUCCUUUAUGACCCCGUUGGUAUUGACCGCACCGAGUUGACUCGCCUGGCCAAUGCUCGUAUUAUGAUCAGCAACUUUGACACCUCCAAGCUCUCUGCUGAAGGUUUCCGUGUCCUUGUUGAUGAAGACAAUGUCAAAUUGCCUGAUGGUACUGUCGUUGAGAACGGUCUUACCUUCCGUAACACUUUCCACACCAACCCUCUUGCUCUCUCUCGUAUCCUCGUUCCUUGCGGUGGUCGUCCUGAAUCUAUUGGUUUGGAUAACGUCAACCAAGUCAUUGAAAAUGGUCUCUACAAGUACAUUGUUGAAGGUGCCAACUUGUUCAUUACUCAAGAAGCUCGUCUCCGUCUCGAACAUGCUGGUGUAGUUCUCUUCAAGGAUGCCUCUGCCAACAAGGGUGGUGUCACCUCUUCCUCUCUGGAAGUUUUGGCUGCUCUCGCUUUCGAUGAUGCAGGUUUUGAAGAACACAUGUGUGUCAAGGACGGUGUUGCUCCUGCUUUCUAUGAAGCCUAUGUCAAGGAAGUCCAAAAUAUCAUUGAGCGUAAUGCCAAUCUUGAAUUUGAAGGUCUUUGGGAAGCAAACCAAAAGACUGGUACCCCCAUCUCUAUCCUCUCUGAUGAAUUGUCUAUUGCCAUUGUCAAGUUGUCUGAGCAACUCCAAUCUACUGGUCUCUGGGACAAUGUCAACUUGAGAAACACUGUCUUGAAGCAAGCCUUCCCUCAAAGCUUGUUGGAAAAGCUCGGUAUGGAAACCUUGUUGGAGCGUGUUCCUGAAAGCUACGUCAAGGCCAUCUUCGGUGCUACUCUUGCCUCUCAAUUCGUCUACAAGUAUGGUGCUCAUCCUGACAACUUUGCUUUCUUUGAAUUCAUGCGUCAAAACUACUAA